AUGCUCAUCAAGGGAAUGUUGUCGGCAAAGAUCAUCACCACCUUCACCUCACCUUGGGCGUCACCCAUCGUAGUCAUCAUCAAGGCUAACGAGGUUGACAUCCGCCUUUGCAUUGACUACCAGGUGGUGAACAGCUUUACGAGGUUGAUGGUAUACCCCAUGCCGUUGAUCAACGACCUCCUCGAAGACUUGGACAAGGCGCUCUGGUACUGUUCCCUCGACAUGGCUAGUGGCUUCUGGGUGGUGUCGAUGACCCCGCGAGCAAGGCUGGUGUCGGCGUUCAUCACGCCGUUCGGAUUGUUCGAGUGGACGAGGAUGCCGUUCGGGUUAAAGAACGCUCCUCAGAUCUACCAACGAAUCGUCGACAACGUAUUGUAUGGUCACAUGCGCAUCAAGCCCGAUCAGGAUUUGUCGAACCCGGUUGACGUCUUCGAGGAAGGAGAGCCGGAGCCGGAACCUAAGCCGUCGGUCCUCGGAAGGAGGUCGUAUGUGGACGACAUCCUUGUGACGGGCGACUCGUGGGAUAGCAUGUGCAACCGUGUCGACAAACUUCUCAACGUCUGUGACCGGUGGAAAUUGUCGAUCAGCGUAGCCAAGAGCUACUGGGGUCGACGCAAGGUGGCGUAUCUAGGACACGAAGUAUCCUCAGCUGGGCUUGAAGCGAAACCGAAGGAGCUCGACGCAAUCGCGAACCUUCCAUUCCCCACCAAGUUGAAGGCGAUGCGGUCGUUCCUCUGA